CAUAAACUCAUGGUGGUGCGCCUCGUGUGCCUCCUUUUCACGGCUCUGUUUCGUGUUGCAAUCGUGAACACUUCGUGAGUUGAAAUCUCUAAUAUGUCAUGAGAGAAUUUACAUUUUGAAUUCGGGUGCCUGACCAAAAAUCGAAUCCCCAAAAUCCGCUGCCGACGACCCUGGCGUUAGUACGGGAAAAGGGGUCAGGGUCGGGUCGGGUGUGCACGGCGGUACGUACCUCACCAGCGAAAAGUUACAAUGACGACACUGUUGGUCCCCGCUCUGAGAACAACCCACUUCGGGUCAUCAGCGGGUCCAGGUGAGGAAAUGCUGAUUCAGUAUGAUUCACACGGACAUCAUCAAUCAUUACCUCUCCCAUCUCUCAUAUCGAAAAGUUUCGACAGCUCAGGGUCCUUCCACAAACUAUUUGCACAUCUCCCGUGCAUUUCCCCAAGGUCGUUUGGAAAACCCAAGGGAGUUGGGACUUGUGAGCUCGUGGACUUCGGAAAGCAAAUCGGCCGAGCACCUUGGCGCCCACGACCCCCUUUUGCCGAUCUCGCCGAUCAACCCUGGGCCAAGCCAAUGAACUGCCUGCUCGCUGACUGGUCCCUGGCUUUUCGUUCUCAGCACCCAGCUUUGCCAUCUCCGUUGGCUCCCGCUGAGACCCCUUUCCUGCCGUUUUUGCGUCGUCCCAUUUCCGUUGCUGGCGUCCAUUUCCUUCGUGUUGCGGCAUGUUUUGGCUUCUUCUCCUCGUGUUGUGUGUAUAAUGUUGGUGGGUGUGGUGGUGUCAGAAUCCCAUCAUCAUUACCGUUCGCCGUGGGCAAGGUCCCUGGUUCAGGCGGGGAUGGGGGUCCUUCAAAAGGCCAUGGCUGUCAGAUUCUAGGGUGGCAUUCUGGCCAGAUGUGGACUAGAUGCCAGAGUCCCAGCCACCUGAUUUAACAGGUCUUGGCAAAUAUAGGUUACCCCCAGAACCCUCAUACCUUCUGAAGAGAGCGCUCGAGUUAGAUACACACAGAAUCAAUCAAUUACCAGUAAAUCUGAUAAUUAACAGUCUAAUAUAUAGCUUAUCAACAUAACGAUUAAUACG